AUGAAUUCUGAAAAGGAGACCGAGAGCGCACAGUCCUCGGCAGAUAUAGACACGCCUCCGAGCCCCAUAGAUAUACGGCCCGAUGGUGGUCUCGAAGCUUGGAUGGUUGUAGCUGGUGCAUGGGGCGCAUGCUUCUGCAGUUGGGGGUGGAUUAAUAGCGUGGGGGUCUUCCAAGAGUACUACGGAAAAAAUAUCCUCAAGGAGUACACACCUGGCACAGUAUCCUGGAUUUUAUGUUUGGAAGCCUUCUUCCUAUUGGCCCUAGCACCAGUUAUUGGGAAGCUGUUUGACAGAUAUGGGCCUCCGCUCAACUGCGUCGUAGGCUACUUUGACACGCGCCGCUCUACUGCCUUCGGAAUCGUGGCCACCGGAUCAAGCUUUCCAUGGGCGAUGCGAGCAACGGCACUACUUCUCCUGGUGGUGCUCACGAUGACCAACUUGACGGUAAAAUCAAGGAUCCCUCUAAACCCGAGUCCAUUUUCGGUCAAGGAGUACAUUCUCCCCUUCAAAAGAACCGCCUUCUUGCUCACGUCUUUCGGUAAUAUUUUAUUUGCGUUCGGAUCGUUUGUUCCCAUGACAUACUUGGUUGUUCAGGCAGUUUCUAUGGGGAUGGAUAGACGUCUUGCACAGUACUUAGUUGCAAUUAUCAAUGGGUCUAGUACGGCUGGCCGCCUCGGAGCCGGAGUUCUCGCUGACGUAUACGGACCAUUUAAUGCAUGGAUUGCCGUCACGUACGCUGCCGGUAUCUUGAUUCUCUCACUUUGGAUACCCACAACGAAUGACGCAUCCAUCAUUGCCUUUGCCUCCCUCUUCGGAAUCUGCUUUGGAGCAUACGUAGCCAUCCAACCUGCGCUAGUAGCACAGAUAACCCCCAUCGCAGACAUAGGCAUUUGCACCGGGCUAUAUUUUUCUCUCUCGGCCUUCUCACAACUAGUGAGUGGCCCGAUUGCCGGACACACUCUCGAAACGUCAGGCGGCUCGUAUCUUGAGAUGAAGAUUAUGGCUGGCUUUCUUUGUCUGGCAGGUGCCACUUUUGUGCUCGGAGCUAAGCUUUAUGCGACAGGCUACAAGCUGAUGGCGAAGUUCUAG